CGGCCAAUCCUUUAUUUUUGUCCAUCCUAGAGCACGAAGCGCAUUACAUACAGAUAGAAGCUAGCCACAUGGCCUAGCUGCAACCAUUGAUCGGAAUAUGGUUGCCUUGAGACGUUUUUUCCAUGCGGAGAAAUCUUCGCCAGCAAACUCCGACGAUCAUGAUGCCCGGACAGGCAGCCCAGAAGGCGAUGAUCAUCAUGCGUCGCCCAACAUGAAACCCUCCCGGCGCAUGGCUGCAGACAGCCGAUUCCAGAAAGCCGAAGAGAAGGGCGAGGCAACACAUGGCCGGAUGAAAUCGAGACCUCUAUCCGCUCGUUCGCAGGCGCCGCCAUCCCGUGCUUCAAACCGCCCCCCGGAAAAAAACCCUCGGCAUGUUGACUUGCUCGAUGCAUUGUUCUCUUCGCACCGGUAUCACAUACAGAGCGCUAGCACUUUGUCGCCAAUCACACCCUACAAUGAAGACAUAGCCGAACGGAACAUGGUCCCCUUCUUGAGAGGAAUGGCGCUCAAGCAGAAACCCUACUCGCGUCCUGUUUCCGCCCUGUACCAGGAAGAUGUAGCAGACCGCAACAUUUCUAGCAGGAGGAGCUCCCUCUCCCGUAGUGCUAGUGCGCGAUCUCGAGCUACGCCUCCUCUUUCCCGGCAGCUGGCUUCUCAGAGGUACGAAGGGGAUCGUAUCCAUUCAAGGGCGAAAGGCACGAAGAUGCCACGGUCAUGCUCUCCAGAAGGUUCAGGAUCUGUGUCUCGAUCCCAGACCGAUGAGCGCCCUGGCGCUUCAAGAGUAGCAGCCUCUCAGAAGAGCUACUUGAGAUCUCAGAGGUCGGCACCAGACUUACUACCUGAAAGUAUCAGUGCGCCCCAGGAAGAAGCCACCUCAGGCGCCAAUGGAUAUUUGGGUGUCCCUCCAGCUCACAAACAAGGAGAUACAUGGAGUAAUAGGCCCUUGCCUGACAGUCCAACGCUCCCAUUGUCAAUGAGGAAUAAGAGCAGCACGGACGAGAACCAAGUCGUCCAAGAUGCACCAAAUACUCGGAGUGCUAAGAAGAAUGUCCGCGACCUUUCUAUUAACACUAAACUAGCAGCCCGAGGACGUCCAACUACAAAACUUGCACAUCGCGCCAUUCAGCCGCCUACCCCCAGUGCCACUGACGCAAAGCAGACUCCUAGCAUUGCAGAGGUUAUAAAUAGUCCUCUUCCUGUGGGAACUCCAACAUCCAUCUCCCCAUUGCCUCCCUUUAACGAAAAGGUGGCGGAAAUUAUGGAUAUGUUUAAGCAGGCCUUUGCUUCGACACAAGCCGUGACGCCCCACCCUACUUUUGAAACUCUUCAGGAUGCUAUCGUGAGGGAGAUCAAUUCCCAUGAGGCUUUCCAACGCCUGUCCUUUCCCACUGAGCCGUCGCUCACCCCUUCACCGUCCCAGGAAUCGUUUGACAGAGCCCUCCAUGUGCCGUUGUGUCCAGGUUCUGGCCUGGAACGGAGUCUCUCCGCAAAAGAAAGGCAAUUCUCUAAACGUAUUGGCAAAAACUCCUUCAAAAAGCAUAAGAGAAGCCCAGACCAGCGCAAGAGCAUAUCAACGAGCGUACCUUUGACGGCUUUUCGGGCCUCAGAUACUACACGACGACGGAGGCACACUGAUGCUCCUCUUCCCUCCCUAGGCUGUCUCGCUACCGGGGAAAUGACGGAGCAACAUAUCGAGAGAUCCGGAGAGCAAACGACUUACAUGGACCUCCUUCUCCAGUCUGAAAAGGAUCUUGAGAAUAUUCCAAUAAACCCGCAGCUUCAUGGGCACAUUAAUCAGUCUAUGUCCACGAGGACCAACUCGUCCUACGGUGAAUUGGAAGAUAUCGGCAGGGCGCCGUCUAUCUUGCACAUGCGUGCACAAGCCUCUCAAUCACGAGAUAGCCAGCUAAGCUAUACAGAAGACGACAGUGACGAAGAAAUCAUUCAGUUACCGAGUGUCGGCGAAAUGCCACAAGUCUGUAUCCAGACUGUCAAUCGGAACAACGUGACAUCCCAGACCAUAAAAAAGACGACCCCUAGAAACACUUACACGCUCUGGCCACGAAAGUCAAGUGCCAACACCAGUACCAGAACUACUAUUUCCAGCGACCGUAUUCCCUCUCGGACAUCGUCGCGAAAUGGACAGCAGCUCUAAAAGUCUGCUUUGACUAAGUGCAGUCUUGUUGGUUCUACUUAAUGAUCUGUUCUUUCUAUACCC